UUCCUCCACUCGUUCUUAUAAUACUCUUCUGAACUGCUACACUACUCCAAAAAAGUUCUAGGGUUUUCUUACCCCUAGGGUUUUAUUAUCAUCACGCAUCAUGAGUAAUAACAAGGAUCAGUUUAACAUGGCCGAUCUUAACUCCGCCCUUCCAGGCGCCGCUGCUGCUCUUAGUGCCGAGGAUAGAGCAAGUCUUGUUACUGCCCUAAAGGACAAGCUUCAACAUCUGGCUGGACAACACUCUGAUGUUCUUGAAACUCUAUCGCCAAAUGUCAGGAAACGCGUCGAGGUUCUCAGGGAGAUUCAGGGUCAACAUGAUGAACUGGAGGCUAAAUUUUUUGAGGAGAGAGCAGCACUUGAGGCAAAAUACCAGAAGCUGUAUGAACCACUGUACUCCAAGCGAUAUGAAAUUGUGAAUGGUGUAGUCGAAGUUGAAGGAGUAGUUUCCACUGAACCUGUGACAGACCAAGGAGAAGAUAAAACUGCAGAAGAGAAAGGGGUGCCUAAUUUUUGGCUCACUGCAAUGAAGACUAAUGAAGUCUUGGCUGAGGAGAUCUCAGAGCGUGAUGAAGGAGCUCUCAAGUAUCUCAAAGAUAUCAAGUGGUAUAGGAUUGAUGAUCCUAAGGGUUUCAAGCUUGAAUUCUUCUUUGAUCCUAAUCCUUACUUCAAGAAUUCAGUACUAACAAAAACAUACCACAUGAUUGACGAUGAUGAGCCAAUUCUAGAGAAAGCAAUAGGGACGGAGAUUGAAUGGUGUCCUGGGAAAAGCUUGACACAGAAGGUCCUGAAAAAGAAGCCAAGAAAGGGAUCCAAGAAUGCCAAGCCCAUCACCAAAACUGAGGACUGCGAAAGUUUCUUCAACUUCUUCAAUCCUCCUCAGGUUCCCGAGGACGACGAUGAUAUUGAUGAAGAGACUGCUGAGCAGCUUCAAAAUCAAAUGGAACAAGACUAUGACAUUGGGUCGACCAUUCGAGACAAAAUUAUACCCCAUGCUGUGUCGUGGUUUACAGGGGAGGCUGUUCAAGGUGAUGAGUUUGAAGAUAUAGAAGGAGAUGACGAUGAAGAAGAAGAUGAGGAUGCUGAAGAAGAUGAGGAUGACGAGGAAGAUGAAGAUGAUGAGGACGAGGAUGAUGAUGAUGAAGAUGAAGAGGAAAGCAAGAGCAGGAAGAAGUCAUCAGCUGGACCGAAGAAGAGUGGGAGAGCCCAAACUGGGGAAGGUCCGCAGGGUGAGAGGCCUCCAGAGUGCAAGCAGCAGUAAUGUUUAGAGCCGACACAGAGACUGGGUGACUUGUGUCCAAGUGGGAAUUCUGUGGAUUGGAGAGUACGAGAGAGCGGGGUGAAGAGAUUUUUUUGGGUUUCCUUUUUCUUUUUUGUUAGCAAUAUUAUAGUGAUUAUACUUUUUAGAGUUUUUUCUUUCUUUUUAUCCUUUCCCCCGUUGGUGUUGUGGGUAGAGGCGGGGGGAUGGUGUUGGGUUUGGAUGAGUGAUGGGAUCAGGUAGUAUGAGGUGCCUUGAAAUUUGUUGAUGCGUUUUGGGUUUCCUCUGGGUACCCAGUGUUGUGAACUUCUUAAGAACUUUUUUAUUCCAAUAUAUAAGGGUUUUGUUCCAUG